CAAACGUUGACCUAACUACAGCAGAAUGGCUAAAGGCUUGGUUAGCUUUUACUUAGCGGGCUGCCUGUUGGCUCUCGCCCUGGUGACGUGUCCGGCCAGAGCAGAUCUGUCCGAUGAGCAGGAGAAUGAGCAACAUCCACGCAUGGCCGCCUCGCGUGACUACGUUGAGUUGGACGAGGAGCGGAAUUCACGCUUUUGGGUCAACAAGGCCCAGAGCAUUCUGGCCGAUAAGCUAUCGGUCCAUAAACAACUGAACGAGAAUCGUGCGAAGAACAUUAUCUUGUUUUUGGGCGACGGCAUGUCCGUGCACACGAUUGCGGCCACCCGUGCCUUCAUGGGCGAUAGCAAUAAGCAGGUCUACUUCGAGAAGUUCCCCUAUGUGGGUCUCUCGAAAACCUACGCAGUGGACGAGCGCACUCCGGACUCGGCCAGCACUGCGACGGCGUACUUGACCGGGGUGAAGGGCAACUACGGCACCAUUGGGGUCAAUGCCAAGGUGAAGCGGGGCAGUUGCAAGGCGGCUACGGAUAAGGCCACGCACACGGAGAGCAUUGCACAGUGGGCUCAGGAGGCGGGCAAGUGGGCAGGCCUGGUGACAACGGCUCGUGUCACGCACGCCUCGCCGGCCGGCGCCUACGCCCAUGUGGCCGACCGCGCCUGGGAGCACGAUGGCAAGGUCACCUCGGCUGGCUGCAGUGCGGACGACAAUGUGGACAUUGCGCGCCAGCUGGUGGAGUGGCCAGUGGGUCGGGACUUGCGUGUGGUGCUGGGCGGUGGGCGGGCCUACUUCCGUGACAAGAGCAUGAAGGAUGAGGAGGGCUUCGCGGGCAAGCGCAAGGACGGACGUGACUUAAUCAAGGACUGGCAACAGGACAAGGCGCAGCAGGGCGCUGAGGCUAAAUAUGUCUGGUCGAGCAAUGGACUCCACGAUGUGGACCUCUCCAGGACCGACUAUCUGCUGGGUCUGUUCGAUGUCAGCCACUGUCCCUACCACUCCGAGCGCACUGAUGUGGCGCCCUCUCUCAGCGAGAUGACGGAGGCGGCCAUCAAGCUGCUCAGCCGCAACGAGGAGGGAUACUUCCUGUUCGUAGAGGGCGGCCGCAUCGACAUGGCUCACCAUGCCACGAAGGCACGCAAAGCUCUCGAGGAAACUGAAGAGUUUGCACGCGCUGUGGAGCUGGCUCGCGAGCUCACCUCGGAUGAGGACACGCUCAUCGUUGUCACCUCCGACCACUCGCACACAAUGACCAUCAACGGCUAUCCGUAUCGCCGCCAAAACAUCCUCUCACUGGCUCCCAAUUUGGCGGACGAUGAGAAGCCAUUCACCAUUCUCUCCUAUGCCAAUGGACCCGGCUAUGCCAAUACCUACGAUGACAAUGGCCGCAUGGACUUGUCGAAUGUGGACACCGAAGAUGCCGAAUUCCAGUUCCAGGCCACAGUGCCACUCAAGUCCGAGACCCAUGGCGGCGAGGAUGUGGCCGUCUUUGCCUCGGGCCCCCACGAGCACUUCUUCUCCGGCAACUACGAGCAGACCACGAUACCAGCCCUGAUGGCCUAUGCGGCCAACAUUGCUCCCUUUGCCCAGGACAAGCUAAAUAAGUAAUUUGAAUAAAGCGUUUAUUGUGAUCAGCAGAAUAUAGAAUAA